UUCGCGGUUUCUUGGCAAGAAGAGCUUUGAGGGCCCUAAAGGCAGUGGUGAGGCUGCAAGCUAUAUUUCGCGGUCGGCUAGUGAGAAAACAAGCAGCUGUUACUCUAAGGUGCAUGCAGGCUCUUGUGCGAGUUCAACAACGCGUCAAAGCAAGGAAUGUGGAGAAUUCUCCAAAAAGAAAUGCUAUGCAGAAAAUAUCAAAUGAGCAACUUAUCCAAGCUGAUCCAGUUAAACAAGCUGAGCAAGGGUGGUGUGACAUACCAGGAACUGUGGAAGAAGUUAAAGCAAAACUAAAUGUGAGACAAGAAGGAGCAAUUAAGAGGGAUAGAACAAUGACUUACUCUAACUCCACCCAGCAAUCAACAGUGAGUUCUAGUCCAAACUCAAGAGCUUCUAAGCCAUUGACUCCUCUCAAGAACCGCGGAUUAGAUGGUAAGAGCAUGUUAGAACGCUGGAUUGCAGCUAAGCCAUGGGAGAGCAGGUUGAUGGGAGAUAUCUACUUGGACUCACCUGACAUGACUCCAAUGUCAAAGAAAACCGAUGAACCAUUUAACUCAUAUCAACAAAAUGGAUUAGUCAAAGCAAGAAAGAAUGGUGUAACAACCAGGAUUUCAACUAAAUCUCUACCAACAAGCCAAUCAACUCCUUCAUCUUCAGCCAUAAGCUCUGAAUGCAUGUAUGAUGAUAGCCCUUUAUCAACUUCAUGCACAUCUGAAUCACUAUCUAUACCAUCUACUAGCACUGCCAAUGUGGAACAUACAAUGGAAAGAAAAAUUGGGAAACCAAGCUACACGAAUUUGACCGCGUCGACCAAAGCUAAACUGAAAGCUAGAAGACAUUCUUCUCAGAAUUUGAGGAGACUAUUUAUGGAUGAUUGUCAGUUUCAUAGCACUAGAACAGAUAUGCUAAGUGCAGAUACUAGAAGCAUUUCUGGUUCAUAUUCUUCAGCUAAUAUAUGGAAGGAUCUGUAUGCAAGUCCUCUACGAAGAAGUUAUCGAAAACGAUAUGCUUUGGAAGAUAAGUAGUUGCCAUGAGUCAUGACCAAUGAGUCCAACAGCUUGUUGUUGAUUGUCAAAUAACAUUUUGAGAUGAAUGUAGAUAACAUAAUUGGUCUGCGGAUUUGAAACCCUCAGCUACGUUGCACACAGUGCAGUCGUUGGAUUCAGGUGCAAUGUUGGAGACUGCAUUGUGUGCAGUUAGUCUUGCCGAGGGUUUGAAGUUUGGUGGAAAGAUGGAAUAGCGAAAUUUCGAUUUGUAGGGUUUUUUUUUUUAUAAUUAGUAGUUGCUUCAUUCGUUUUCGGGUACGUUCAUGUUAAUUCUUUUGGCUACAUUUAUAUAAUUAGUAGCUAUGUGUUGUACUAUACUAUCUAAAAAACUAAGUAUGAAAUGUUGGUUUUGAAAUAUUCCUUACAAGAAGGCUGAAGCUUUUGUAGAAACUCAUGGAUGCAUGUUUGUAUGCUUGCAGAUAAGUAAAUGCUUUGAAGAAUGAAAGAUCACAUUUUGUUUUUA